AUGGCUCUACCUGAAGAAACCAAGCGCCGAGGUAGUUGGGUUCCCACGCGGAGAAAACCAGAAUGUCCUCUUAAAAUCUCAAUCGAUAAACACUUUGAAGCUAAGAUCUACACCUCGGGCUUAACAGUGGCAGGAACCGUAUCAUUCAUGCCACAGACGAACCUAACCUUUGAUACCUUUGAGAUAACCUUUACCGGCGCUGCAUCAUCCCUUGUCCAAAUAUUUCAUCAGGGAACAAUGCCCAAGUCAGGUCACCAAUUUCUCCUCCUCAGAAUGCCAAUUGCCGAAACCGCUCUUCCAGCCUCAGGUAAACUCCAAGCUAGACAGACUUACGAGGAGCACGACGACAUGGCCGUUCACACGGUUGGCAUCCAAUAUGCGAUUGAGGCGCGAGCAUUGCUCAAAGCAGAUAAGAGAGGCAAAUCACCCACUUUAGAGAGGUGUCAUCCUGUCAGAGUAAUGGCGUUUCUCCCGGAACAGCCACCCUUGCACAUUGUCCCCGGAAGUGCUCGGUUCAUGCUAUCCCAAGAGAAGUCAAUUCGGAAGGAUAUACUCUCAUCCAAACUCGGCUAUAUCAGGGCAUCUGCGAGACAACUAAAGCCUGUUAUCAUCUUAGUAAAUAAGCUGCAUCUAUCAAACUGCCAACUGAGCAUCAAUCUUAAAUUCUGGCCCACUUCCAAAAAGGCAGCACCUCCCGAGAUAUGCGGAAAGUCAGCUGCUAUCAAGGCAUCGACGUACUAUUCCACAGGUCACAUUAGCUUCUCACCGGAUCAACACAACAAUCCCAGCGUGACGCCCAACCCAAUCUUGAGUUUCGUCCUUGAUGAAAACGCGAUAAUAAAUCAAGCACCAAUGUUGGUCUAG